UAGGGUGUGAGACUGAGAGGCAACGUGUGAUCAGAGAACCGAUGUGUGACGUGCUGGAUAUUUAGGGUGUGAGACUGAGAGGCAACGUGUGAUCAGAGAACCGAUGUGUGACAUGCUGGAUAUUUAGGGUGUGAGACUGAGAGGCAACGUGUGAUCAGAGAACCGAUGUGUGAUGUGCUGGAUAUUUAGGGUGUGAGUUUAUUUGUUUUAAAGAUAUUCAGGGCAUGCUAAUUUUGUCUCAAGAUACCAAAUGUGGUCACAACUUUAGUAACCUGGACACAUUGCUAUCGACUCGUUAAUUUAACCCACUUGGCCACAUAACAAGAUCCACUAAUUGGAUAUGCCUGUAGUUGGUGAACCAUGUGCCCGCUGUCCCCCGGUGUGGCCGGUCACGCAUGUGUGUUUGCUCAUGCAUGUCCGACACAGGCCGGCGGUUUUUAAAAACGAUCGUGCACGCCUCAAUCGGCUACACUCGCGCGCAGAGUGUCUGAGUGCCCGUGUCUCGGUGCCUGUUGGUGACGGUUGGAACGAGGAAAGGGAAAAGCCAGUACCGUUUUUUAUACGUUUGACUGACAAAUACGAGUCUCUAAUCAUGGUGGGGCGGACAAGCAAUGGAACGCAAGAUUACGCAGGUGCUUCUGGUGCACCCUGUGCGUCCGGACGCAGGAGAGGAGCAGGCACCAUGCUGACAGAGCCUGCUAUCUUUGCCAAGGACACCAGCUGUGAGUGCCGCGCCCCUCAUGAGAAACUCUCCAUCACUCAGGCCCGCAGAGGCAACCCAAUGGACCGUCCAGUGCGUGUAUAUGCAGAUGGAAUAUUUGAUCUGUUCCACUCCGGCCAUGCCAGAGCCCUGAUGCAGGCCAAGAACCUCUUCCCCAAUGCAUACCUCAUAGUGGGAGUGUGCAGUGAUGAGCUGACCCACAAGUAUAAGGGUUUCACAGUGAUGACGGAGGAUGAAAGGUACGAGGCUCUGAGACACUGUCGCUAUGUCGACGAGGUGGUCCGAGACGCACCAUGGACGCUCACACAGGACUUCCUGAUGAAACACCAGGUCGAUUUUGUGGCUCAUGACGAUAUCCCAUACUCCUCAGCAGGAACUGAGGACGUCUACAAACACAUCAAGGAGGCAGGCAUGUUCGUGCCGACCCAGCGGACAGAGGGUAUCUCGACCUCUGACCUGAUCACUCGUAUCGUACGAGACUACGACCUCUACGCUAGACGCAACCUACAGCGAGGCUACACCGCUAAAGAGCUCAACGUCAGCUUCAUCAACGAGAAGAAGUACUGCCUUCAGAACCAGGUGGACCGUAUGAAGGAGAAGGUGAAGACGGUGGAGGAGAAGAGUAAACACUUUGUCUACCGCGUGGAGGAGAAGAGCCAUGACCUCAUACAGAAGUGGGAGGAGAAAUCACGGGAGUUCAUUGGUAACUUUCUGGAACUGUUCGGCCCAGAUGGAACAUGGAAACAGGUGUUUAGUGAGCGUAGUGGUCGGAUGAUCUCCUAUGCCACGUCACCUCGCGGGUCACCUAGCAACAGUCCACCCAGGCAACUGUCUCCAUCCCGUUCCCCAUCUCCUCCCUCUUGCUGGUCUCGGCCCAGGCCAGCCUCCCCCUCCUCACCCAAAGAGGCCUCAGCCUCCUUCAGUAGCAUGAGUGAAGAAGAUGAGAACGACGAGUAGUGCCCCCCGGACUGUGGAACACAUGCCAUGUCCAAAACAACUGGGAAAUCGGAAAUUAUUGACUUCCAACUUUAGUAAAUUCAAAACCAUUUAGAACGUUAACUAACUCGGAAUUCCAAAUCGGAAACUCUGACAUCUUUCUAGAAUUUCCUGAAGGUCCCCCCCCCACACACACACUCUAUGAUCUUCUUCCACACACUGACAGUAAUGAUGGGAUGCUGAAACUGUAUCUUCCAGGAAGUAGAUAUACAAGACAGAGGUGGGUCAUGGGAAAUGUAGUCUAGUGCUUCAGCACAAAGAAGCCAUCACAGUCUCUGUUGCCUGGGCAAUGAAGUAGAUGGGAGUGUAGAGAAGAUGAUGCGACUGAUCUGUUUUCAAUUGCUCAGGUCUGACAGAGGCAGUAAAUAAAAUAGUGCCUGUUGAUCAUAUCACUUCAUCCUUUUAUGUCCUCCCUUUUUCUCUAUCCUUUCUUUUUUAAAUCUCAUUGUGAGAACAACUAGGGUGAACAUGAUAGGAGAUAUUGUACAGCGAUCGACUGCAGUGUGACUUUUUGCAGUGUGGCAUCCAGUGAGCAGGCCUACACUGUUACAGAGCUCUCCAGAUAGAGACUGACUUCAUGGACAAACAUACACAGUUCUCUGUGCUUAUAGAAUAAUAUAAUAGACUGUGUCUGCCCUAUGCAUUCUGUUUCUAGCUGCAUCAUUCUGUAACAUGGUGCCUGCUGACUGACUGUGCCCUAGUGGAGACUUAACAGAGAGAAACACUGCCCUCUAGAGGAGUUGUAGUGUAGCUGCAUCCUUCCUGGGAGACAAGGAGAGAUGGCUACUUAAGACUAUUGAAAUGCACCCCACUGAAUCAUUCAUUAAUUUGCCAUAGGGACUGUAUAAAUUAUGUAUGUAACA